AAAAAACAGGAAAACCCGGUCCCCGAUUCUUGUCAGACUCAAACAAUGAGACUCAAAUCAUAAAUGCCAUUUUCAUAUUUUGUCAAAUGUUAUUUAAAAUUAGUGUGUUUGUAUUGUACUUGUCCUGCACAAUUUUUUUAUAAUAAUAAUAAGAAAUAUCAAUUAAAUUUAUUUUAUUAACGUCUUACAAGUUACAUUUCACAUUUGAAAUGGAGGUUGUGAGGAAAAAUUUUAAAGAGGCGUUGCCAUUAAUUAGUGCUUCGAUUGACAAAGCGGACUUUUUAGUGAUAGAUACUGAAUUUACUGGACUAAUAAACGGACGGGACGUGUCUGCUUUCGACACUCCAGAAGAGUACUACUAUUGUUUGUUAAAAGGUGCUAAGGACUUUUUAUUGAUACAGUACGGGUUGUGUGCCUUCUACUGGGAUCACAAUAGGAAGUGUUAUAUGAAUGACACCUACAACUUCUACUUAUUCCCACGAGGAAAGGUAGGAACUGAGAAAAUGUUUUUGUGCCAGAGUUCCAGUUUGGAUUUCCUUGGAGCACAAGGGUUCGAUUUUAACAAGGUAUUUAAAGAAGGCAUAUCGUACAUGACAGAGCCAGUAGAGACACGGUUAAGAGAAAACUUGUUAGAAAAACAAAAGACUCAAGCCAAGGAGAAGGAUGCUAUAACCAUUCCUGAUGAACACAAAACAUUUGUUGAAGAUGUGUGUAAUCAAGUUCGGCAAUUUAUAGAUGAUAAUAAAUCUGACGAGAUGGAGAUAGAGAAAUGCAAUUCUUUCGUUAGGUUACUUCUCUUCCAAGAGAUAAGGGCACGCUUCAAAGAUGAAGUCUUGAUUGAAUCAAAAAUUUUGGAAAACAAAACCAGGGUAUUAAAAGUUAUAAGGAUAAAGUCAGAGGACGACACUAAGAAUUAUAACGCGCAGAAGAAUGAACGCGAGUGGGAAGAAUUGGAAGAAGCUGUCGGAUUUUCUAAAGUGGCACGGAUGAUCAGUCAAUCGGGGAAGCUAGUGGUAGGUCACAACAUGUUGCUGGAUAUCCUGCACACACUCAAUCAUUUCUUCCAGCCACUGCCGCUGGACUACAACUCUUUCAAGGAAUUCAGUAAUUGCAUGUUCCCAGUGUUAUUAGACACCAAGUAUAUGUCUAGUUUGCCGCCGUUUAAGGACAGAGUAAAUUCGAGUGUAUUGCAGCAUUUAUUCUCCACUUUAUCUAGCAAACCGUUUUCGAUACCUACAGUCGGAUCGCUGGAGGGUCGCGGGUACCGGCGCGCCGAUGACAAGCACCACGAGGCGGGGUUCGACGCGUACGUGACGGGGCUGUGCUUCCUGGCGAUGCACGGACACCUGUCGCGCAUGCGCGGCGAGGAGCACGCCCGCCCCAGCGCCACCUCCGCCGUGCUCAAGCCGUUCCUCAGCAAGCUGUUCCUGUGCAAGACGGCGCACCAGGACUCGCCUUAUAUGAAUCUCGCGGGCGCUGAUCCGACGCCGUCGAGAGACCACGUGUUUCAUUUAACAUUUCCUAAAGAAUGGCAGAGGAAUGAUAUCAACCAACUUUUUAGCCCAUUUGGCCCGGUGACGGUGCAGUUCGUGGAGGACACGAGCGCGCUGGUGGCGCUGUCGCGGCGCGAGCAGGCGGCGGGCGUGCUGCGCGCGCUGCAGGCCCGCGACGGCGUGGCGCUGCUGCCCUACUCCACCUACAAGCGACUGAUACACCAGACGUCCUCAAGGAGCGACGCAGCGUCCGGCGACUGUAAGACAGUACAUCCAUCUGAAAUAAAAGCGCGGCAAGUAUUAGCAAGUAACGUGAGCCCGCCCACACCUCAGUCUUCGCCGGUGCCGGUGAGAGUGCCACGUGAAAGGACCCGCAGUGUCCCGUCGCCGGCCAUCGCGACCCCGCCUGCGCCCGCGCACCCGCCCGUGCUCGCGCCCGCACCUGCGCAUGCACCCAUCACGUGCAAGAGGACUUCCUCAGGAGUGUUUCAGACGUGUUCGAACCGCCGCCGAAAAAAUUCGGAUACAGCCGAUACCGACUCACACGUGUCGCACAAACGGCCCAACACUCCGAACAACGGCCAUCAAGAGUCAUCAAGAACGGCCAAACAAGAGAAAGUUAAAGGAAACAAGAAGAUAAUAGAAAAAUUUGACAGUGAAAGCAAGUCGCACUGUGUGACAGCUUUCAAAGAAAGCGAUAGUUGGGAUUAAGUUGCAUAAUAUAAAUAUACUUAAUCUGUG